AUGCCGAGGCAGCGCCGGGGCCAUCAAUCCAAGGCUCUGUACGAGCUGUCCACCGUGGUGCUCAACCUCAUCCGAUCGGCUCCGACGCCGGUCUCUUUCUCCGGCGAGGAGUCCCUCAUUGCUCCCCCGGCGUCGGAGGCGGCUCCUUCCUCGUCGAGGAGGCGGCCGCCGGCUCCGCAGAUCACGCCGGCGGGUUUCGCUUCUCUGCUGCUUGGAGUUUCGAUGAGUCUGAUGCUGUGCGGGUCGGUGACCUUCUUCAUCGGGUUCAUACUGAUGCCAUGGGUUUUUGGACUGGUCAUGAUGCUCUAUUUGGCGGGAACAGUCUCCGCUCUAUCGGUUCUCGGCCGAUCCAUCUUCGGUUCCGCCGCCGCUGCGCCGCCCGAUCCUCCGAAGAAGAUAGCUUGA